UCAUUUUCAUUUGCUUUAUAUUAAGUACAUAAAAGUGUAGAUAAGUAAUUGUAUGAAACAAUAUCACUGCACGAAAUUUUCAACACAACAUAAAGCUGCAAUUUCAUGUUUUUGUUAUAAUCCUCUGAAAAAUUGAAAGUUGAAUUUUUAAUUUGCAUAAGAUAUUUGAUUUUAUCAUUUUUUAUUUUCAUAAAUUUUAGUUCUUUGUACAUCAUAUAUAUUUUCAUUUUUAAUAUCUCGUAUUUCAUUUUCUAGGAGCUCCAACUUCCAUCACGUCUUCUAAAAAUCUAGCAACUUUUUUUUACCGAUCCUACAAAUGAUCACCGACGAAGAACUUGCAAGGAGAAUGGAUAAUAUUUCUCAUACCUUUUCAACCGCCGUUUUGUAUUCCCCGGUACAAGGGGACAAGACCCUGGAUAAAAUAGCGAGUAUUAUCAGAAAUGCGUCGAAAAAGCAAUUACAAUCUCGCCAUCCUCGUGCACUUGUUACGUGUUUACUGAAGAUCCUGUUGCACUACGAGAACGUGUUACACAUGGAUGGAUUCUGCGAAUGGAAGCGUCGACGAAAAUUUAGAAUGGCCCGAGACUGCUAUAAUGCCCUGCUGAAAAGUUACCUGCCAGAGAGAUCACGAGAAGUCGUGGAGACGAUAGUAGAAGCCGUGUACCACGAGCGACUUUGGAAAUUCGAGACCUUCUGCUUCGAAGUAAUGUACACUUUACUAAACAUCAGCCCUCUUAGCGUCGGACUGAUCAUCCAUGCGAUCUGGAAUAAGUUGACGUUGCCGGAGAUCGACAUCGAGGAUGCUCGCGGCAUCAUUAGAAUAUUGUAUGAGCUUCUGGACGUGUAUGUAUGGCCAGCAACGCAGGAUACAGUGGCGACAAUAGAGCGGAUGCUUGGGCUAUUUCAUGCCAGCAUAAUCUCACGAUUGACGAUGAUCUCCGACAGUUUCUCUACUACUGUCUUAACGCCGCCAUCGCCACCACCACUGGCAAGCCUCAAGAAAGGUCUAGAGGUUUGCCUGAGAAACACCAUAAAACAUUUAUCGAACGAGCAGCUGCUAGUGGUCGUACAUCACAUGUGCUUGUGGACGGUAGCUACCGGCACGACCGACGAAUUCGUCUUGGAAUUCGGCAGCACCUUAGAGUUCGCCGCUUAUUUGCACCAGACGGGUCUUUACGAGCAAACGCUCACGCCGACAAUCUUUCCGUUGCUGAUGCGAAUGGUGAGUUCGUCCAGUCGGCUGAUCAGCCUUCUAGGCAAUCGGGUGCUACAGUACUUGAUAGACCGCAAGGACAAUCGGGCGAUCUUCGACACGCCUAGGAUCUUUUUCGAGCACACGCGUCUCGAUCUGCACCUCGCACCAUGUAAGAAGGAAGAUCGGCUGUUCUUCAAGCUGCACCGAGAGUUGCUGCAUGAUAGCCUACUUAAAAGUCUAGUAAACCAUUCGGAUUCACGGAUGAAUCUCGAGACGACGUACUGCACGGUUUGCGUGAUCGCCGUCGAGGUACCCUGUGGCUUCACUGCCGCUGCUCUAGUCUGCCUCGCGAUGAACCUGCAGGAGAUUAUUCUGCAGCAACAAAAGGAGAAUUGCGUCGAGACGGCCUGCCACAUGCACGCCACGAUCAUUUCUAUUAUGUCCCUCAUCUGCUGGAUACAUAAAGCCAAAGUGUUCUACAGCUACGUGAAUAGAAUCGUAACGGAAAGGGCGCAAUGGGCGCCGCAUCUGAAUCCUCCUAUUCAAUCUCAAUAUAACUUUGCGCUACACCACGUCCUUUGGAACAAGCCAGAGCUAUUCUUCGUCGACUGGGAGGUGCGCUAUGGCCUCUGGAAGUGUUUCCGUCUCACCAAUAGCCAUAAUGGCACUUUGCUGGUCUGACACCAGCUAUAUCCACGAAUUGAACAAAAUGAUUUCUGAAAUAUAUUAGGGAUUCACAGAUCAUUCUUCAAGACCAACUC